AUGAUUCGACCUGACUGUAACAACGAUUUCUGGAAGGAACGAUUCAUUAGUGGUCUCCCUUCCCUCUUCGCCGAAAAGGUUAGAACAAAAAUUAAGGAUAGAUUCGAAGGAAAGAUUCCUUACGAUAUCCUUACCUGUGGAGACUUAACCAGUUUCAUCACUACCGUCGGAAUAGAUCUCUGCACUGAUCUCAAGCUUAAGAAACAACUUAAGAAGGAUAGUACUUCUAAGUAUGGACUAGGAACCUUCUGCCAAGACUAUGGAUUCACCAGUCCUAGCAGAAAGCAUAAGAAGAAGUCCUCCAAUCCUCACAAAAAGGCUACUUCAAACAACAGGUCCUUCAAAAGAGAUUCUUAUAAGCCAAGUAGAAAAUCUACCAAGCGAAAGACCUCUAAGGCCAAAAAUACUUGCUGGACUUGUGGCAAGACUGGCCACAGGGCGAAAGAUUGCAAGUCCAAUAAGAAAAAGAAAAUAAACCAGUUAGAUCUCUCGGAAGAAACCAGAGCUAGUUUAUUCUCUAUAAUGGAAGACUCGCCUGAAUCUUCGGAGUCUUCUACCUCUUAUGCCUCAUCCAGUUAUGACUACAGCGAUGAGAAAUUCAUCAAUGCUGCUUAUGAGUCAGAUCGAUCCCAGUCUGGUCAAGAAUAUACCUGUAACAGUACCUUCUGCGCUUGCACUAAGAAAACUGUUAAUGUCAUCUCAGGAAAUCCUGUUCGACAUUAUAGAACACAUUCAAGAUGA